AUGGGGCUAUUCAGUGUUCCUGAGCUUAACACCCGACUGGGCACUUGGCGGGCCUACCAUCUGGCGGCGAUUGUCUUUAUAUCGUCUUUCCUUUCAGCCUAUGACUCGGGUGUCGCGGGCGGUAUCCUGAGCUACAAAUCCUUCCAGACAGACUUUGGCUACAGCAGCAAGCACCAGUCGAAAGUCUCCUCUCUGACUGUGGGCUUGGAACAGCUGGGAUCCUUCAUCGCCGCGCUUUUUGUUUACCCAUUGACCAAUAAGUAUGGGCGCAAGAUCACCAUUAUUGGCUCCACUGCUCUCUUCGUUGUCGGCGUGGUUAUCCAGGUGAUCAACACUCACUCAUUGGCAGCCUGGUAUGUCGGCCGCAUUAUUGCCGGCCUCGGCAUGGGCGGCCAGAGUGUGGUGAUCCCCAUGUACUCAGCGGAGAUGACGCCCAAGGAAAUUCGAGGUCGCUGCGGUUCCUUUUACCAAUGGCUCUACACCUGGGGUGUCUUCACUGCGUACUGGAUUGACUAUGGUGUUGCCAAGAGCACAACCAUCUCGGGCACUUCGCGUGAAUGGCAGAUCCCUGUAGGUCUUCAGUUGAUCUCUGGAGGGAUACUAUUCAUUGGUACCUUCACCCUACCAGAGUCUAUCCGCUGGCUCUUGACACAAAAUCGCGUGGACGACGCCUGGAAAUCCCUUACUUGGAUCCGAGGUGGCGAUACCCCGAAGACUCGUGAGGAGUUUGCAGAGACACAAUUGGGACUUCAGGCCGAAAUUGCUGAGCGGGAAGGCUUCUCCCUCCGUGAGCUCCUCGAACCUGCGAACCGUCUCCGCUUCCUCGUUGGCCCUUUGCUUUUUAUUUUCCAGAAUGCGACUGGCAGUAGUGCCCUGGCAGUCUUUGCGCCACAGUACUUCAAGUUGCUUGCUGGUAGCGGCACAGACCGCAACAUGCUGCUGACUGGCUUGUUCGGUGCUGUCAAGGUCAUCUCAUGCACCUUCUUCAUCGUUUUCCUGGCCGAACGACUCAGUCGCCGCAUGACACUGGUCAGUGGCUCGGCGCUGAUGGCCACUUGCAUGUUGAUCACUGCCCUGAUUGUCGACUAUAUUCCCACCCAAUCCACAACGAGCGUCACGGCCGCUGGAAGGGCCACAGUCGCAAUGAUUUACCUCGAUAUCAUGAUCUACAACUGCUCUUGGGGUCCCCUUCCUUGGGCCUAUGUGCCCGAGAUCUUCCCAACGCGCAUUCGCGCCCUCGGUUUGGCAGUGAGCAUGUUAGCCCAUUGGGCAUCAUCGUUCUGCUUUUCCUUCGCGAGUCCCUACAUGAUUUCCAACAUCGGUGCAAACACUUUCCUUAUCUUCAUGGGUUUUGAUGUGGUUGCUGCUGUCUUCUGUUGGUUCUUCGUCAAGGAGACUCGCGGAAAGAACCUUGAGGUUGCCGCCGGCACUGAGUGGGAGGCGGCUGAACGUAGCUCAUCUGACGAGGGCGAGAAGGGUGGUGUGCUCAAUGCGGAUGGAAAGAGAAUCCAGCUCAUCAGUGUGCACGAGAAUUUCCACGCUAACCUCAAACACCGGCCGUGA